CCCGAACCUUCAUAGCUAACACGUACUGCUCGCGAACGCUCUCUUGACUUGAGAGAGAUCACCCUCUAGCUUGAGCAUGAAGCCACAACUAAUCCUAGGCCCCGACGACACGAUAGGAGAGGGCGACUCGCGUCUCGUAUUGAACCUGCUUCCGGACGAGCUUCGGGAAGGCAUCUUUGAGAGGCUGCGCGAGGAAGUGGCUUGGGAGACUAUGUAUCAUCGAGGUGGCAAAGUACCACGCCUCGUCGCUGUACAAGGUAGGAUCGAGGAGGAUGGGAGUUUUCCCGUCUACCGCCACCCGUCCGACCAAUCGCCCUCGCUCCGCCCAUUCACGCCAACCGUGGACCUCGUCCGCCGUCAUGCGGAGGCCAUCAUUGGCCACCCUCUGAACCAUGUUCUGAUCCAACUCUACCGCCAGGGCAAGGACUACAUAAGCGAGCACUCCGACAAGACUAUCGACAUCACCCGCGGCACAAGCAUCGCCAACGUGAGCUUUGGCGCGAGGAGGCUGAUGAUCCUGCGCCGGAAGAAGGCCUUGAAGGUCGCGGAGAUCGACAGGACGUCGGAGGACUCUGACGCCAAAGACCCCAGCCGCACCUCGCCAGGACCCCCACGAGAGUCCCAGCGCAUCGCCCUACCCGACAACAGCAUGCUCGUGAUGGGUCUGCGCACGAACUCAGCGUGGCUGCACGCCAUACACCGCGACAACCGACCGGACAAGGCGAAGUUGCCAGAAGAGACGGGCGAGCGCAUCAGCCUCACGUUUAGGUGCAUAGGCACGUUCCUCACUACGGAUAGCGCCUUUUCCACUCUGGACGGUCCGCGCAUCUUCGGGCAAGGAGCAACAGGGAAGACGAGAGAACAGGCUCGGUCUGUCAUCUUCGCAGGCGAGGAGGCGGAGGACCUGCUGGCGGCGUUCGGAAAGGAGAACCAUGAGUCCGAUUUCGACUGGGAGGCGAUUUACGGGAAGGGAUUCGACGUGCUGCAUUUUGCGGCGAAAAGGGGAUAGGAUUUGAUUCCUGAUAUGUUCAUAGAGGGACCGAAGGCGUAGUCAGAGUUUUCAUGGUGCCAUGAUAUCCAUGCUGCCAGAAUCCGUGUACAUAUACGAACGAUCGCAUGACCAGAGCGGACGGGAGCACCAGUAGAAAGCACAAAUGAAAGAAUACGGCUGUGGUUCGAUCGCGCGAAGGCUCCCACACGAGCCACCGUGUCGGGAGGCCUAGGGAAACCGCAGUCGUAGUGUAGUUGUAGUCACUCACCUCGCCUCUCACUGGUCAGCCACCCCAUGAUUGGCGCCGCAUCCCU